GCUAGGCCCAGAGAGCCUGGAGGAGGAGCCUCUGCCAGAGUGGAGAGAAGCAGGCCUGAGCCUCCCCAAAGGCAGCUUCUGGGGGCUCCCAGGACCGCAGGCUGAGACGAGACGCAGGGUGGCUGGAGGAAGUGAGAGGUGAACUCAGCCUGGGACUGGCUGGGCGAGACUCUCCACCUGCUCCCUGGGACCAUCGCCCACCAUGGCCGUGGCCCAGCAGCUGCGGGCCGAGAGUGACUUUGAACAGCUUCCGGAUGAUGUUGCCAUCUCGGCCAACAUUGCUGACAUCGAGGAGAAGAGAGGCUUCACCAGCCACUUUGUUUUCGUCAUCGAGGUGAAGACAAAAGGAGGAUCCAAGUACCUCAUCUACCGCCGCUACCGCCAGUUCCAUGCUUUGCAGAGCAAGCUGGAGGAGCGCUUCGGGCCAGACAGCAAGAGCAGUGCCCUGGCCUGUACCCUGCCCACACUCCCAGCCAAAGUCUACGUGGGUGUGAAACAGGAGAUCGCUGAGAUGCGGAUACCUGCCCUCAACGCCUACAUGAAGAGCCUGCUCAGCCUGCCAGUCUGGGUGCUGAUGGAUGAGGACGUCCGGAUCUUCUUUUACCAGUCACCCUAUGACUCGGAGCAGGUGCCCCAGGCACUCCGCCGGCUCCGCCCGCGCACCCGGAAAGUCAAGAGCGUGUCCCCACAAGGCAACAGUGUUGACCGCAUGGCCGCUCCGAGAGCAGAGGCUCUAUUUGACUUCACUGGAAACAGCAAACUGGAGCUGAAUUUCAAAGCUGGAGAUGUGAUCUUCCUGCUCAGUCGGAUCAACAAAGACUGGCUGGAGGGCACUGUCCGGGGAGCCACAGGCAUCUUCCCUCUCUCCUUCGUGAAGAUCCUCAAAGACUUCCCCGAGGAGGACGACCCCACCAACUGGCUGCGUUGCUACUACUACGAAGACACCAUCAGCACCGUCAAGGACAUCGCGGUGGAGGAAGAUCUUAGCAGCACUCCCCUAUUCAAAGACCUGCUAGAGCUCACGAGGAGGGAGUUCCAGAGGGAGGACAUAGCUCUGAAUUACCAGGACGCUGAGGGGGAUCUGGUUCGGCUGCUCUCGGAUGAGGACGUAGCGCUCAUGGUGCGGCAGGCUCGCGGCCUCCCCUCCCAGAAGCGCCUCUUCCCCUGGAAGCUGCACAUCACGCAGAAGGAGAACUACAGGGUCUACAACACGAUGCCAUGAGCUGACGGUGUCCCUGGAGCAGUGAGGGGACACCAGCAAGAAUCUUCAGCUCUCGGAGGAGAUUAGGACCAGGAAAACCUGGGAGGAUGGGCAGACUUCCCGUCUUUGAGGCUAAUGGACCCGUGGGGCUUGUAAUCUGUCUCUUUCUACUCUUUACAUCUGAUUUAAAUAAACCAUUCCAUCUGAAAGGGG